AUGCAAAACCCAUGCUUGUUUCUUUCUGUCACUCUCCUGGCAGGAGCUGGUGACCUGACCGGGGAUGCUAUGGGCUAUGUGACAGGCGUGCUGGCCGUACUCAUACACGCUGCCUACCUGGUGCUCAUUCAGAAGACCAGUAUAGAUAGCGAAUAUGGACCCCUCACAGCUCAGUACGCCAUCGCUGUUUCAGCCACCCCUUUUCUCAUCAUUUGCUCCUUUGCCAGCAUGGAUUCCAUCAAUGUCUGGUCCUUCCCAGGGUGGAAGGACCCUGCCAUGGUAUGCAUCUUUAUCGCUUGCGUCCUGAUUAGCUGUGCCAUGAACUUUACCACCCUUCACUGCACUUACAUUAACUCAGCUGUGACCACCAGCUUUGUAGGGGUGGUGAAGAGCAUAGCAACCAUCACGGUGGGCAUGGUGGCGUUCAAUGAUGUGGAGCCCACAAAAUUAUUUAUAGCUGGUGUUGUGGUCAACACCUUGGGGUCUGUCAUUUACUGCGUGGCCAAGUACAUUGAGACCAGACGGCAGAGCAAUUAUGAGGACCUGGAGAAAGAAGCUAGAGAAGAGGAAGGGAAAAGCCAGGCAGGAGACCAAGCGCUGUUUGCGAUGGAGGCAAUUUCCCAUGAGAAGGGGGCUGAAGAAGCAGCAGUGGAAGGAUCAGCCAUAGGGGACAGCCAGAGUGGAGAGGAAGAGGACAGCACUGGGAAACCUGCCAAGGGACCAGUGAUCCAGGAAAAAGCCACUAGCACACAAGAAGUGAACAGGAGCUCACUGAAAGAUGCCUAUCUUGGAGUAUGGAGGUUGGUGAGGGGUGCUAAUUAUAUAAAGAAGGAUUAUUUGAUAGAAAAUGAAGAGCUACCAAACCCUUAA